AUGAGACUUUAUUUUGGUUUAUUCAUAAUGUAUUAUGCCAAUAUCAUUCGUUUUUUCUCAAAUGUAGUACGCAAUGUUUCAAAUAUUUUCAAGCCACACAUGUUGAACGGACAUUAUAUUGAAUGGCCGAAUAACAAAACGGAAGCCAUUUAUUUACGUGACAAACGCUGUAUACCAAAAAAUAUAAUUUUUACCAGGUUCCAAAUUUGUGGAAAUCAAGUGAUUUUGGUUUCACCGCGUUACAAGGAAGGUGUGCCAUUUACGUUGAGUCAAUUAAUGCUCUACGAUAAAGAUGAAUGUUACAAACCUAUUCAUGGGUCAAAAUGGCUAGUUUGGAUAUUGGACAUAGGAGUUAUAAAUACCUUAGAUGAAACUACAAAGACAGAAUCCGAUGCGAAAAUAUUGGGGAUUGACUAUGGAGAUGGACGUAUAGUACAUACUAUACCACUCAAACCGUUAAUAUGUCGCUCACGCAGUCGACUACAAUACUUAGUUGUGGAAUAUGAUAAUGUAAACAAUGAUAAACCAAUAAUUUAUAUAGGAGACGGAGGUACUCGUUCAAUUAUUGUGUGGAAUGUUCAAGUUAACGAAGGCUACAGAGUAAAAUUGCCAUAUUCUGCGACUACAACAUGUACAGAUUUUUCUACGGAAGAUGUGUUUUACCUAGUCCUGAUUGAAAAUUUUAAUUCCAAUUACCUAUAUUUCACAUAUUUGUCGAGCUCGGAUAUGUUUAAGGUACGCACCAAAGACUUACAAAAACGAAUCAAUCCUAAAUGUAUAAUUGACGUUGGACGGAAACCUUGCAAAAUGGUAGUUUUAGGAGCUGCAUAUGGGUCAGUAAUGUAUUUUCGAAUAAAAGGAAUGAACCAUUUAUAUAGUUGGGACACAAAAGAAAGUUUUUUAGAAGAAAACAUGAAAAUGGUUAAGAAAAGUGUAGACUGCCGUACAAUAACACAUAUAGACGUUGACAAUGACGGUGUUCUGUGGAAGUUAGAGAGUAACCACGAAGAUUACCUUGCCAACACGGUAGGGUGUUAUGGAGCUAGCAUAAUGCUCUCACCCAUAGUUGGGAAAUCCGUACCUCCACAGCUGGAUCAAAAUUAA